AUGUUUCCUUCCUUAUUGGAGUUACACUUAUCUGAUUGCUUGGUGGAAAGCGCAAAAGUUCCACUAUCACUACAGAAGAUUAACUUCACUUCACUUUCGGUCCUUGAACUGUCAAAUAAUUUCUUCAAUACUUCUUCAUUUCCCAACUGGCUUUUCAAUCUUACCAGCCUUAGAAAACUUGAUCUAAGCUGGAAUUCUUUCAGUGGUCCUUUUCCUGGUGAACUUGCAAGCCUCAAAUCUCUGGAAUACCUAGAUUUAUCUUAUUUGGGCCUCAAAGGUCGAAUUCCCAGAGUCAUUGGAAAUAUGUCCAAAUUGAAGUUUUUAAGUCUUAGGGGGAACCAAUUUUCUGGUGAGAAAAUUGAAGAGUUUUUUUGGAGCUUGUCAAAUUAUCCAAAUAAUACAAUAGCAUUAGAAUCACUAGAUCUGUCUUAUUGUGGGCUGGAAGGCCAACUGCCGGCCUCCUUAGGAAUGUUAAAAAGUUUGAAGCAUCUACACCUUUCGUUGCUUUUACUUUGGGGUUCAAUUCCAGAAUCUAUUGGAAACUUAUCAUCCUUGCAAACAUUGGAGGUCUUUGGUAGCUAUAGGAACGGCUCCAUUCCGGAAAGUUUGGGAAAACUCUCCGAGCUAGUUACACUACAUCUUUCUUGGAAUUCAUGUGAAGGCUUUCUAACGGAAGCCCAUUUCACAAAUCUCACAAGAUUAAAAGAUCUUCGAAUUUUCAAGGAUGAAAUAGAGAAGCCCAUGUGCCCCAUUUUGAACGUGGCUUAUGAUUGGGUUCCUCCUUUCAAGCUCCACAACCUUCAUAUCAUUCACUGCAAAGUGGGUCCCGGUUUUUGGAUAAUGCUUCAAUCUCAGACUGAACUAGUAGAUGUCAGCCUUAGUAAUACUUUCAUCUCGGAUUCCAUACCAAAGGAAUGGUUGUCGAAGAUAUCUUCCCAAGUCAAAUAUUUGGAUUUAUCUUACAACAACUUAAGUGGAAGGCUUCCAUUAGAAUUGAAGUUUCCAAACCUACAGUAUAUCAAUUUGGGUCAUAAUCAAUUGGAAGGCCCACUUCCACUUUGGCCCACUAAUGUCUUCUCCCUUGAUCUUCAAAGCAAUUUAUUUUCCGGUCCAAUUCCCUCCAAUUUAGACCAAUUGAUGCCCAAAUUGGGAUAUUUGGUUGUUUCUGAGAAUCAUUUGAAUGGUACUAUUCCACUCUCUAUUUGCAACAUGAAGGAUAUGGAAGUCAUUUCGCUAAGACACAAUCAACUAUUUGGAGAAUUCCCUCAACAGUGGAGUUUGCGGAGUACAAUACGCAUUAUUGAUGUCUCACACAACAAUCUUUCUGGUAAUAUUCCGAGUUCAAUGGGUAUGCCAUGUUCUCUUAGAACAUUUAAGGUGAAUAAUAAUAAUUUUAGUGGUGAGAUUCCUUUUUCCUUACAAAAUUGCACUUCUUUGAUCAUACUUAAUCUUGGAGGCAACAAAUUCACUGGGAACCUACCUUUAUGGAUUGGAUCAAACGUAUCCACCUUGGAAGUGUUACAACUGCAAUCCAACCUUUUAAGCGGGCAUAUCCCUCACCAUUUCUGCAAUCUUCCACACCUUCAAGUCCUAGACCUUGCUCACAACAACUUUUCAGGGACCAUUCCUAAGUGUCUAAAAAAUAUGACUUGUCUAGUCGAAGUUAAUGAUGCAUGCCAAGGUUUCACCUUCUAUGGCGACUAUUAUGGAAAAACAACAAUAACGUCAAAAGGGAAAGAGCUCGAAUAUGGGGAUGACAAGUUAGCCGGGUGGGGAAACAUGAUUGAUCUUUCGUCAAACAAUUUUGCAGGUGAAAUCCCUGAACAAGUAGGCAGUCUGCUUGAAUUAAGUAUGUUGAACUUGUCGAUGAAUCGAUUAACUGGAGAGAUUCCUUCAAGCAUCGGAAAAUUACGCUGGCUUGAAACUCUUGAUCUCUCACAUAACCAGCUUUCAGGACAUAUCCCUCAAAACUUUUCUUCUUUAACCUCCCUAUCUCACUUGAACUUAUCUCACAACAACUUGAUUGGAAAAAUACCUUCCGGAAACCAACUCCAAACCCUCGAUGAUCCAUCUAUUUAUGAACACAAUCCGUCACUGUGUGGGGCUCCUCUUUCAACUGUAUGCCCUACAGAUGACACAAAAACAGGACAAACUUUUCCGGCAGAAGAUCACAGUAAAGAUGAUAAGGAAGGGUUUUGGUUUUACGUCAGCAUGGCACUUGGUUUCAUCAUAGGCUUUUGGGCUGUUUGUGGAACGUUGGUCCUAAAAGAGUCAUGGAGGUAUGCCUAUUUUAAUUUCUUUGACAAUGUCAAAGAGAAGGUAGCAUUAACAAUUGGAUUGAAAGUAGCUCGUUGGCAAGGGAGAUUGUGA